CGAGAUACAUAUUUUGUACUAAGUACAGAAGCGGAAUGCACUUCACUUUAUUUAAGACUUAUAGCACCAUUAAUUUAUCCUCCCUCAUAUGGAAAAACUGAAGACUCAUAUCAUUGUUUAUGGGAUAGUGUUAUUAAAAAUACGAUAGAGACAUUUGGGAUGCAUAGCGGUAGUUUGUCAAAAUUGGAAUUUGAUCGCAAUAUGAGUAAACGAACCUCAACAGGUGAAGAGAAGUCCCAGGAAGACUCAGAAGAUCCUUCAAGUGAAUUGUUUUCUCAAGACGUUGUUUGUGGUAAG